AUGCUCAAGCAAGCACCCAUGGCGGCGACACGAAUGAAGUACACGCCGAAAAAGCUCCUUGUUUGCUGCGAUGGCACUUGGCGGAAUAGUGAUAGCGGGAUCUUCAAAGGGACGGGUCUUGCUUGGCUUUGGAGCGGGCAGGAACAGGUCAACACCAAUGUUACCAGGAUCUCACGAGCCAUCCGCAGUACGGACACCCAGGGCAAGCAGCAGAUUGUGUACUAUCAGGCUGGCGUUGGCAGCGAAGGGAAUUUGAUCGAGCGACUUGUUGGUGGUGCCCUCGGCGUAGGUCUGGCAGCUAACAUUCGGGAGGCGUACUCCUUCAUCGCAAACAACUAUGUCACUGGAGAUGAGAUCUUUCUGAUCGGCUUCUCGAGAGGGGCGUUUACGGCUCGCUCGAUUGGGGGCUUGAUCAGCGAUCUUGGCCUGUUGACCACAGAUGGCAUGGACAAUCUGGUAGGCAUCUUCGAAGAUUGGGAGCACGCCGGAAACGAUGGGUACAAAACUCUCCUAGCAAAGGAUGACACGGCAUUUGCAGUGAAGUCAAGCAUGGCCGAUCCGAAAGCAUACGUGCUUGAGUACCGACAAGGCCUGCUCCAACGAGGCUACACCCGAGACGAAACAAUACCCAUCAAAGCGAUUGGCGUCUGGGAUACUGUCGGCUCGCUAGGUAUACCCGUGAAUCCUCUUCUCCAACGCAUCGGCUUCCCGACUGUGCUCCGCGAAUAUCGACUAUACAAUACCGAUCUGGGAACCAAUGUUGAGAACGCCUUCCAAGCCCUGGCAUUAGACGAAGCCCGUGCAGCAUAUCGACCAGCGUUAUGGCAGAAGCUCCCUGGCAGUACCUCGGACCUCAAACAAACCUGGUUCCCAGGCGCGCACACCAACAUCGGGGGCGGCUACCCAGACUCUGGUCUCAGUGACACAACACUGGCCUGGAUGAUGUCCAAUCUGUCCCCCUUGAUCGAUUUCGCACCCGAAUAUAUCAAAAAGGAACACGGAAAGCACGAGCGAUACCUCGGACAAAAAAACGUUCCCCCAACCGGCCCGAAGUGGGCCGCAAGCCAACUGAAGAAUACAUCAUCAGGACUCCGUGCGCUUCUCGGGAUCGUAUCGCGCCAGCCAGGACGAUACCAUGUCCUCAACAAGAAGACGUUGACGGUGCUCCACGACAAGCCUCUACUCAAUACGAAUGAACACAUCCACGUUGCUGUCAGAUCACGCGAGAAGACUGGAGGUCUGAAUGAGCGAAACAAGGUCGUUGAAUACAAGCCAAAGGCAUUGAAAAAGGGCGAGUAUGAGCUUGUUGACGCCACUGCUGAGCCCGGGAAGGCGAGCUGGAGGUAUGUAGGGAAGGAAAAGUCGUUCAAGGGUGAGAUGUUGCCUGAGGAUGCGCUGGGUGUAUUUGAGAAGGAGAUUUUCCAGGAUUAUGUGACGGGGACGGCGUGA